AUGCGUUUCUCAACCAUCGCCGCUACCGCUCUCUGCCUCGGCUACAAUGCCAUGGCCAUUUCUCUUCCCGAGCGAGAGGUGGCCGCGCUGCCAAUCUCAGAAGAGGAGGCACAGUCCAGCGACCUCGCCAAACGACUCUCUAUCGAAGAGCAGGUCGCUAUCCUGGGCGCAGGCGCCGUGGUCGCGCUCAACGUGAACGCAAUCGCGACCUAUGUUUCCAACCUCAUGAAGGCACAGAGCGAUGCCAACACUUGUGGCGUUAUCUCCGGCACUGUUGAUGGAGUAAACUACCAAUACCACGCCGCCACCACCGGCAAAAACUGCGACACAACCGCCGAAGUCAAAACCAUGAAAGACGCUGUGUCACGCGGUCUGGAAUUCAUGAGUACGCACAACAUCAACCAGGCGUGCUUUAACAUGCAGCACGGCGGCACAUGGAGGGGAUUGCUGCAGCUGGCGAGUGGGGAUAGGCAGAUUAUCAAUGGCAAGUGCGAUAGUGUCACGUACACUUUGACUGUUACUUAG